AUGCCUUCGGCGCAGCGGGGGCUCCGCCUGCUGUGGCGCCCCCUUCGCCUGGCGGCGCGAUGGCGCGGCCGCCGCGCGCCGCGGGGACGCUCCCGCUGCUGGCCCUGCUGCUCGCGGCGUCAGGGGCCCCUGCGGGCCAGCCUGCCGAGGAGCCCGCGGCCUCCUGCGAGGCCUCCGGCGGCGCCGCGGGGGCCGCCGGCGCGGGCCUCUGCCCCGAGGACGGCCCCGCGGCAGAGCUGGUGCCUCCGCUGCGGCUGCGCGUGCGGAAGUACGAGGGCUCCAAGGGCAGCGGGAACACCUACGGCGGCGAGCUCGCGCUGGCCUCGUUUCGGGCGCGCGGCUUCCGCCUGGUGGAGGACGACAGCUGGGACGUGCUGUGGACGCACUUCUGGCAUGCACAAGGUGCUCGACGGCAUGGCCCUGCCACCGCGGACGGGCGGGCGCGACCGCCUGGCCAGCCAGUGCGGCUACUUCAUGGCCGCCGGCCAGAAGUGCCGGCUGGCGCGACACGUGGCCGCCGUGCGCGCGGCGCUCGGCGGCUCCGUGGAGGGCCGCCAUCCGCCGACGUACGAGCUGAAGAACCAGACGCAGUUCAACGCGUGGAGGGCGGCCGCGCAGAGCGACCUGGGCCUCCACUGGAUCGUGAAGCCGUGCGCGGCUGGCCGCUCGGCUGGGAUACGGCUGCUCAGCGGUUCGGAGGUCGCGGGCAUCGCGGAGCCCGCCUGGGACUCCUGGGACGUGGCCCAGGCCUACCUGGACCCGUACAUGGGCUUCGGAGGCAGGAAGUUCCACCUCAGGCUCUACCUCUUGGUGACGCGCUGGAGCCCGGCGGGCGCUCUCCUGUACGACUCGGGGCUCGUGCUGCGCAGCCGCCGCGCGUACACGGAGGGGCGGCGCAGCGACGAGGACAUCUUCUCGGCCAUCUCCGACGACGUGGAGCCGCUUGCACUGGCGGCGCUGUGGGGGCAGAUCGGCGGGGAGGCCGCCGGCCGCGUGUGGUCGGAGAUCGGGGCCCUCUUCGCGGAGCUGCUCGGCCACCGGCUGGCGGAGUCCUUCGGGGACCCGCGGAGGCUGCUGGAGAGGCCCUACGGGUGCUUCGACCUCUUCGGGGCCGACGUCCUGCUCGACGCCGGGCUGCGGCCCUUCCUGCUGGAGGUGAACAUGGGGCCCAACCUGUACGUCGAGGGGCGGGGCGCGUACAGGGAGGUGCUCCGGCAGGUGAAGGCCCCGCUGGUGGAGCAGGUGGUGGACUGGCUCGCGCUGCGGGCGCGGCGCGCGCCGCAGGGCCGCGAGGCUGCAGAGGCUCUGGAGGCGUCGACGCUGCUGAACUUCACGCGCGUGCUGUAG